AUGAGUAGAAACUAAUGCUAGUGUGAGGCACAGAUUCAUAAGCUAAUAAAUAAUUGUAUUAGUUGUGGUCGAAUUGUGUGUUCAGUGGAAGGAGAAGGGCCAUGUUUGUUUUGUGGGAAUCCAAUCAUGAAGAAAGGAGAUAUUGUUAUUGAUGAUUCACAAUUUCCCGAUAUGGAAUCAAAGACAGCUUAUUCAAAGGCGUUGAUGCACAAGGAUAAACUAUUAGAUUUUCAUAGGCGAGAUGUUCAUUAAUCAAACAUUAUCGAUGAUCAAGCAGAUUAUUAUUAGAUUGUAGAUGAUGUUUGGCAAAAUGAAGAUAUUCGAUCUUAAGCUGUCAUCAAAUUAAUGCAAUAGGCUGAUGCUGAAUAAACCAUUAAUACAAAACAGGUUUUUGAUUACUAGACAAUGCAAUUUAAAUUGGAGAAAGAGUGUGAUGCAAAAUAGGCUGAUGAGUUCAGAGACGAAGCGAAAUAAUUACUAAAGGAGGCAGAUUUGGCAUAGAAGAAGAAGAAUCAAGCCAAUUCGAAGACUUAGCAUCUCGCAGACAAUUAGGAAUAUUAAAAAUUGUACAAUGAGAUAAUUACUAACUUAAAUAAUGAAACUAAAAAGGAAACAAAAAAGUAGAACAAUAAGAAUAAUAAAAUGAAUCAGAAUAACCAAUAGUUCAAACCAACAACUUGUGGUGUCUAAUUCACAGAUGAGUAUUUCCAAGAUUUUUAAAAAGAACUCCUCAAAGUUGUAAAUUAAGAAUAGCAGUAAGACAUGUUUGAUGAAUAAUUUUUCAAAGUAGAGGAUGGAAUUGGAUGUUUGUCUAUGCAUUAACCUUGGGCAUAGUUGGUGGUCGAAGGGUUUAAGAGAAUCGAAGGAAGAAUGUGGGGAACCAAUUACAAGGGUCCUUUGUGGAUUCAUGCAGGAGCCAAAUAGCCUGAGACAGAAUUGAUAUCUGCUAUUGAACAUCAAUACUCAUAAUUGUAUGGUAAUUUGAAUAAUGUGCCUCCUUUUCCAGCACGUUAUCCUACAGGAGUGUUGAUUGGAGUUGUGGAUAUGGUUGGUUAUGUGAGGGCAGCAGAAUAUAAUAAGAUUGUGCCUAAGGAGUAAUAAGAAGAGGGAGACACAGAAUUCAAAUUUGUUUUUAGAAACCCAAGAAAAUUAUUGAUACCGAUCCAAAUGAGAGGGUCCAAUAACAUCUUCAAAUUGGGGGAUGACAUAUUGAAAAUUGCAAUUAAACAAUUGGAAAAGGUACCAGUCAAAUGGGGCCCUUAUUUGGUGGAUCCAAAGGAUGUGGCUAAGGAGGCAAUAGGAGAAAAGUAAGUGGAUGAUACAAUGUCGAAGAUCUAAGAGUAGUUUGUGAUAAAUAAUAUCAAUGAGAUUCAAGAUAAAUCUGCAAAUGAAUCCUAAAAGUUUGAGAGUUAAAUAGUGCAAGAUGAAUCUUCGAUUAUCAAUUAAUCAUAGUAAGCAGAAAAGAGAUAUCAAUAAGUGUAAUCUAUCGACAGUUCAUUCGAAAAAUAAUUGGAAUGGGGGAUACUCAUUAAGGAUGUUCUAAAGAGGGAUCAACUGGUGAGAAUGGCCAAUUUCUUAUCGACCAAGAUUAAGAAGUAGAAUAAUUAAAAGGGACCUCUGAAAUUGUCUUUUACGGCAAAGAAUUAAUUGCCAUGCCAUGAUAAUAUUACCAGUUCAAUUUCAAACAUAACUGGGAAUGAGAACCAAUAUGAUAAUUGCACAGUCCAUUUUCUGAAAUUGGCAGAUAAGAAAGUGACUAUUCAAAAUGCUACUGCUUUAAUUGUGAUUGGUCAAACUAUGGAAUUCACACAUAACAAUUAAUUGAUUUAAUUAUAGUAGGGGAAGGUAUUUCUUGUAGAAGAGGGGUACACUUUGAAUGGAUAGUUUAGUGGCAGUUAACAAGAGGAGAGUGUGUUAAAAGACAUUAGUUAAGAUUAUGUAUUUAAAACCUGGUUGAUAUAAUUAUAAUAAUGAUAAAAAUUGCACCUUCUA